AUGUUUGGGGUGCAGGUGCUGCUGCUGGUCAUGAACACUGAGCAUAUGCAAGUGCCCAAAGGGCUCCAGACCAAGGUGACAACAGUGGGGGUUAAUCAGAAGAAAGUUGGGCUGCAGCUUAUAGGCCUGCCUAAAACUGUGUAUACAGAUUCCUCUCUGCUCUGCCAUAUUGGAUCUGAUCAGCAGGAGUGCAUUCCUUGCCUAAGUCAAGACUACCCAAACCCUGAGAGAAACCAGUGUGUACCCAAGGCAGUGACCUUCCUAUCCUUUGAGGAUCCUCUGGGCAUGGCUCUGGCCUGCACAGCUCUGUGCUUAUCUGUCAGCACAUUUAUAGUUUUGGGGAUCUUCCUGAAACACCGAGAAUCAGCCAUUGUUAAGGCCAAUAACAAGACUCUCAGCUAUAUCCUGCUCAUCUCCAUCCUCCUCUGCUUCUUUUGCUCCUUUUUCUUCAUUGGACGCCCAAACACUAUCUCCUGCAUACUUCAACAAAUAACAUUUGCACUUGUGUUCACCUUGGCUAUUUCCACUGUUCUGGCAAAAACUAUAACUGUAAUUCUGGCCUUUAGAGUCAUGAAACCAGGGAGAACAAUGAGAAGGAUAUUUCUCUUAGGCAUCUAUAAAGCUGUCAUCCCCGUCUGCGUCCUGAUUCAACUUAUUCUCUCUGGAGUCUGGCUGGGAACCUCACCUCCCUAUAUUGACACAGAUGUACAUUCUGAACAUGCUCAUGUCAUCAUUUUAUGCAACAAGGGCUCAGUUACUGCUUUCUACUCUGUGCUGGCAUACUUAGGAACCCUGGCCCUAGGGAGCUUCACUGUGGCUUUCCUGGUGAGGAACCUGCCUGACACAUUCAAUGAGGCCAAGUUCCUGACAUUCAGCAUGCUGGUGUUCUGCAGUGUCUGGGUCACCUUCAUCCCUGUCUACCAGAGUACCAAGGGCAAGGCCAUGGUGGCUGUGGAGGUCUUCUCCAUCCUGGCCUCUAGUGCAGGGCUGCUGGGGUGCAUCUUUUUCCCAAAAUGCUACGUUAUUCUCCUAAGACCUGAUAAAAACUCUUUGAGAUGUUUGAAAAACAAAAUAUAG